AACCGCCAAGAUGCUCUUCUCAACACUAUCAGCACUCGUCCUCGCAGCGACAGCAUCAGCCCACAUCGUCAUCUCCUACCCGGGCUGGCGCGGCAAUAACCUCAUUACCAAUGAAACCUUCCCCUAUGGCAUGCAAUGGAACUACCCAUGCGGCGGCAUGCACGUCACCCAAAACCGCACCUACUGGCCCACGACGGGCGGUGCCCUCGCCUUCCAACCAGGCUGGUUCCAAGGCCAUGCCCAGGCAAUGAUGUAUGCCAACAUGGGCUUCGGCAGCGACGGGCCCGACGGCGGUCCCCUCAAUAUGUCCUUCCCCAUGGUCCCCGUCUUCCAAAUCCUUGGCCCCAGCAAGAACCCUUACCCGGGCACCGUCUGCCUCCCGCAAGUGCCUCUGCCAGCGAACACCACCGUCAAGGCCGGCGAUCAUGCCACGAUCCAAAUUGUCGAGCUUGCUGUACACGGCGCCGCUCUGUUCUCGUGCGUCGAUAUUGAAUUCGCUGAGCCAGGCGACCCAAAAAUCGGAAAGGUCAACGAGACGAACUGCUUCAACUCCACUGAUAUUGGCUUCGGCGACGUCUACACCAUCACGACAAAAGAGUCUGGCGCAGGGUAUGUGCAAGGAACAUCCGCCGCCGCAAGGAUGACGACAGCAACGAGCUUCUCUGUCGCUAGGUUGCUCCCGCUUCUGCUCGGUGUGCUCUGGGUCGUGCUGUGAUUCAGCCACACGGCCUAAAUUCAACGAGGAGUUAUUCGGGGAGCUUUAUGGACGGGAUGGAUGGAUCAUAACUUGAGGAAGUCUGUACAAUCAUGGAAGGCAUUAAAGGACGGCGUUUUUUUUUUCUUCUUUUUUUUUUCUUUUUUUGUUGGAAAUGGUGGAAUGGCUCCAACUGGCUGGAGACCGAAGGUGGUUUUCUCCCUCUUCUUUCCGAAGUACUUAUUCCUUUUCAAAGUAACCCCACAAACGAUGCUCGCUCAUCGCGAUCACAAUUUCAGGAAUGUUCAAAAACAUUAACAGAUUAGUCCUCGUUGAUUUGGCGUAGGAAUGCUGAAAUGUUGACCAGCACGUGUUCGUUGGACACCCUUCGCAGUCCUGUCCGACGAUAUUGGACAUACGACUACCUUACGCUGGGUUUAGUAACAAGGUAGUCAUAACAUCGAACGCUUAACUAUAUCAUAUACCAGUUUGGCCAUACUGGAGAACAA